AUGUCUCGUCUUACUGAAGAACGUAAUCAAGAUGCUACUGUAUAUAUAGGAAACUUGGAUGAAAGAUGUACUGAAGCACUAAUCUGGGAAUUAAUGCUUCAAGCUGGUCCCGUUGUUAAUGUCCAUUUACCAAAAGAUCGUGUUACUCAAACACAUCAAGGUUAUGGAUUUUGCGAGUAUAUGAGUGAAGAUGAUGCUGAUUACGCAAUAAAAAUAAUGAAUCAAAUCAAAUUAUAUGGGAAACCAAUACGUGUUAACAAAAUUGCUAGAGAUCCUGAUGGUGGCAAUAGUAAAUGGUAUGGCUUCAUUUCAUAUGACAAUUUUGAUUCAUCAGAUGCUGCAAUUGAUGCUAUGAAUGGCCAAUAUUUGAUGAAUAAACCAAUUACUGUUUCAUAUGUAUCCAAAAAGGAUGAAAGAUUGUUGGCAGCACAAGCAAAAAUCAAAGUUUACCAAAUUUGUUUAUUUGCUGAUAUUCAUCCUGCUACUCAAAUACUGCAACUAUCCCUUAAUAAUAUAGAUAUUUAUUGA